CUGCUCCGAGCUGACCCUGAGGAGGGCAGCGUCGUCUGGGCGGCGCUGCGGAGACCUCCACCCAGGACGGCUCCCCCUCCCCGGGCCUCUCCCCUCUCGCCCGCGAGUCCCCUCGCCUCGUAGGCUUCUCGGAUCUAAUAUCGUGGGGUGAGGUGAGAGCAGGCCCGGGGAGGGUGGUUACCGCUGAGGAGCUGCAGUCGCCAUCAAGAUGAUAGAGGUACUGACAACAACUGACUCUCAGAAACUGCUACACCAGCUGAAUGCCCUGUUGGAACAGGAGACGAGAUGUCAGCCAAAGGUCUGCGGCUUGAGACUGAUUGAAUCUGCCCACGAUAAUGGCCUUAGGAUGACUGCACGACUAAGGGACUUUGAAGUAAAAGAUCUUCUCAGUCUAACUCAAUUCUUUGGCUUUGACACAGAGACGUUUUCUCUAGCUGUGAAUUUACUGGACAGAUUCCUGUCAAAAAUGAAGGUACAGCCCAAGCACCUUGGGUGUGUUGGACUGAGCUGCUUCUAUUUGGCUGUAAAAUCAAUAGAAGAGGAAAGGAAUGUCCCAUUGGCAACUGACUUGAUCCGAAUAAGCCAGUAUAGGUUCACGGUUUCAGAUUUGAUGAGAAUGGAAAAGAUUGUGUUGGAGAAGGUGUGUUGGAAAGUCAAAGCUACUACUGCCUUUCAAUUUCUACAACUCUAUUACUCACUCAUUCAAGAAAAUUUGCCACAUGAAAGGAAGACUAUCCUUAAUUUUGAAAGACUGGAAGCUCAACUUAAGGCGUGCUACUGCAGGAUUAUAUUUUCUAAAGCAAAGCCAUCUGUGUUGGCAUUGUCUAUCAUUGCAUUGGAAAUCCAAGCACAGAAGUGUGUAGAGUUAACGGAAAGAAUAGAACAUCUUCAGAAACAUUCCAAGAUAAAUGGCAGAGAUUUGACAUUCUGGCAAGAGCUCGUGUCCAAGUGUUUAACUGAAUAUGCAUCAAACAAGUGUUCCAAACCAAAUGUUCAGAAGUUGAAAUGGAUUGUUUCUGGGCGGACUGCACGGCAACUGAAGCAUAGUUACUACAGAAUAACCCACCUUCCAACAAUUCCUGAAAUGGGCCCUUAAUUGGAUUAUUACAGCAACAAAAAAAAACACUUCUCUGAAGUCUUUCUCCACAAUCCUGAGCUGUGGAUUCCAUAAUGUUAUAAUGGAUUUAAGCUGUGAAGCCUCAAAACAUCACAACUAGAUUAGCAUUGAUGUUCUCAGAUUUGGGAAAACUGCCUAAUUACCAUUACCCUACAGUGGAAUUACUCAAAUUUGAAUUCACCUGUGAAGCAUACAAAUCAAAGCUAACAGCAUAAAUGUGAAGUGCUGACAAGCUUGGGAAGGUAAACUGUGAAUCUUCAUUUCUAACAUUGAUCCAGCUUUCUCUGUUGGGUCAAUAUAUUGUAUUUAGGUGGUCUUAAAAAUGGCUGCUUAAUUCAGACGAGGAGGUUUGCAUGAAAACCAGUAUUACACAAAUGCACUUUUAAGGCAUAACAAGGGUCACUAUUCUAGGCAGUGAAAAUGGUUUCUUGGCACCCAUAAUGCAAGUAAAAUAGAUAAUCCAGAGAUGUGGACUUCAUUGGUAGAUAGGAAUCACAUUUAAAUUGGAGAAUAUUUUAUAUAAAGCAAAACUACAGACCUAGUAAUUUUGGCAUAUUACGUUAUCUUUAGUAUUUUUCUAGCAACCAGGUUAUGUUUGUAUCUGUGAUAAAAGUUUUAUACAAAAUUUACUGCCUCAAUCUAGUCCCAUCAAGAAAAUUCAGCUUUAUUGUAGUAGUAACUCAAAAUAAAUUAGCAUCAUUGUGAAAACUUUCUGCUUUAACACUCCAGAAGUUUUUACUAAGGACUGUUUUUAUAAAAUCGUCAUUGCUUCUAAUUUAGAAUUUUGCUUAAAAGGAAGAGAAUACACUUUCACUAAUUGACCCUACUGUGCCAGAAGAGUUUUAAGAAAAGUAGGCAUCUUCAUAAUAAUAAGGUCGCUGAGGUAGUUCAGGAUUUCAGUGACUAAGGAGAGCUACAGUGUUAAAAGUGUUGUCAACGAUUACUCAGUUCGGUGUGUAUCCUGAGUCUGUCCAGGAUGGCUGUACCCAAUUUUGACAUCACAUUAUGGGUAGAUACGGACUGGAAAAUAAACCAAAGAACUGCAAUGUAUCUUAUACUUUUGUAAACCAUGUUUUAUGGAUAACUUUUCAGUUUUCCCAAAAGACUGAUAAAUUUCAAUAUUUUGAAUACAUCAGUGUUAAUUUUGAGGUGGCAGAGGUAACCUAACCAACUACCAUUAUGUUUUGGUACUAAGGGAUAUACCUUUCAAUAAAGUUACUGAAAUGCA